CUCUGGCAACUGCAACCCAGCCUGCACCCCCAGCCUUGGGUCCUGGGGCUCAGGAUCCAGUUUCCUUUUCUGAGACAGAAUCAGCUCAUGUUAGAGAAGAAUACAUCCCCACCCUCAACACACACGGGCUGUGGCUUGGAAACCGGGAGGUAUGAGGUGAAGAAUCUGUGACCUUGGACUUCCUGAUCUGGAAAGAGGCGGGAAGGAGAACCUCGGUUGCACAGGGGGAUCACCAGGCCAGAAGGUCACUGAGAUGCUCAGGAGACCUGGCUGGCAUCUACUCCAGGCAGGUGCACCCCACUAUGUCUGUGUGGGGAAGGUUGUGCUAAGAAAGAAGCUGAGAGUCUGGAUCCUACUUCCCAGGGGCCAAAUGCCCAGUCCUCUAAGACUUCUCUUUCCCGGGCUGGUCUAACUCUGUAGCUUUGCUAUUUCUGUUCUCCUCCUGAGCACAAUUUUCCAGGAGCCAAGGAGCAAUCCUGGAAUGUACAGGUACUUGUGGGACCAGGAGGCUAUCACAAAGGGCAGAAGACAGUGAGGUGCCCCGACUGAAAGCUGAGAACUCCUCCAGGCGCCGCCUGCAACUUACCUGCCAUUUGGCUCCCCUGUGCUGGGCCUCUGCUUCCUCCUCUGCAAAAUGGGGAGUCACAGCACCUCUCUCACAUGGCAGUGAGGUCCUUUGGUACUGAAGACCGUCCCACAGAUAGGCCUGCUCCCCCAAGAGAGGAAAUUUAUGAGUACAUCAUUUUCCGGGGAAGCGAUAUCAAAGAUAUUACUGUGUGCGAACCUCCGAAAGCUCAGCACACACUCCCUCAGGAUCCUGCUAUCGUUCAGUCUUCCCUGGGCUCUGCCUCCACCUCGCCCUUCCAGCCGCACGUGCCUUACAGCCCCUUCAGAGGGAUGCCGCCCUACGGCCAGCUGGCAGCCAGCUCCCUGCUCAGCCAGCAGUAUGCCGCGUCCUUAAGUCUAGAGAAGCUGGUAAGCCCUCCAGCCUCAGCCGCUGCCUCCAGCCCUAGCUCUUCUCCAUCUCCACAGCCUGUUUCAGAGCUUGACAUGUCCUCAGAGCCCCAGCAGCUCACUCCCAAGGGAGCUGGUUUCCCAUCCAUCCCAGUUGGCAAGAGCCCCAUGGUGGAGCAGGCUGUCCAGACCGGUUCUGUCGAUAACCUGAAUGCCAGAAAGCUACUACCUGGCAAGGGCACCGUGGGGACACAGCUCAGCAGUCGCCAGGCCCAGCCGAGCAGCAAGACCACCGGCGAUGUGGUCCAGCCAGCAGCUGUGCAAACUCAAGGGCAGGUGAACGACGAAAACAGAAGACCUCAGAGGAGGCGAUCAGGGAACAGGCGAACAAGGAAUCGCUCCAGAGGGCAAAACCGUCCAACUAACGUCAAGGAAAACACAAUCAAGUUUGAAGGUGACUUUGAUUUUGAGAGUGCAAAUGCCCAGUUCAACCGAGAGGAGCUUGACAAAGAAUUUAAGAAGAAACUGAAUUUUAAAGAUGACAAAGCUGAGAAGGGGGAAGAGAAAGACCCAGCUGUGGUGACCCAGAAUGACGAAGCUCCUGCUGAGGAAGACCUUCUGGGGCCCAACUGCUAUUAUGACAAAUCCAAGUCAUUCUUUGACAACAUUUCCUCUGAACUCAAGACUAGUUCCAGGCGGACGACGUGGGCUGAAGAGAGGAAGCUCAACACGGAAACCUUUGGGGUGUCUGGGAGGUUUCUUCGUGGCCGCAGUUCCCGGGGUGGGUUCCGAGGAGGCAGAGGCAAUGGGACGACCCGUCGCAACCCAACUUCCCACAGAGCUGGGACUGGUAGGGUGUAGUGAUGCAGCCCAGGGCUCCUGCUGAGUGGCACAGAAAUGAAGCUGUGUGUAUAAGGACACAAGGAAAACGCUGCACUUAUGGGGGAGAAGUGGGUCACUUUGUUUACAGAGUUUGGAAAAUUCCCAUAUUGCUAUUUAUGUUUUGGACUUAAUUGAACUUGGACGUGGUCUGAGUUAGAACCACUUGUUUUGGGGAAGUAUUCACGGGUAACCUCUUUGAGGUGUCUUGACCUGUGUUUUCCUUUUUAGUUGCGCAUAGCCUAAUUAUAAGGUUUUGGUAUUUUGCAAAAAGGUUUCUAUAGCAAAAGCUUGAUCUUUGUGACUUUUUUCUUUAUGACAGCUUUCAUUUUUAAAGCAGAACCAAAUCUCAUUUGGCACAUGUGGCAGCCAAGUGCACCUCUGUAACCCACCCAGCCCCUGGUGCUGCUGUCCUGGCACCCCCACUGCCAAGGAUGGGUCUCAGGAGCCAGGCAGGGCCAGCACAGGGUGGGUGUGGGGGUGGGCGGACCAAGGGCAGGGGAAGGAGGGUGUCCCACGGAUCAUGUUGUGUAAUGAACCAGACUACCCUGAUGUGUCCAGAGUGACAUUGUCAAGAUUGAGGACUGGCAGAGGGUGGGUGGACUGGAAGAACUUUGGGAGUAGUGGGAAGGGACCCUGAAGGUUAGCUCCAUCACUGUCUCACAGAACCUGGCUUCCACAGGUGUCAAGGUUGGCGGUCCUAGCCUAGAAUGAGCCUCCUGUGGCAUCCCCAUCCCGUCCCCCUAUCCUGUCCCUGCCAGUCUUUGCCCUGGUUCAGCCAGUCAUUGUUGGACUCUGGCCGAACCCUUUGGUGUUCUCAUCCACUUGGAAAUGAGCCAGUCUUUUUUGCAAGGUCAGUUGACCAAGAGCAUAUUUCCCCUCAAUUGUAAAUAGUUCUGUGUUUUUGUUUUAAAGGUGGGUGGAGGGAGGGUGGGGAAUAUAAAUUUGUUGCAUGAGUAAGUGGGUCAGAACUUUAAUGUAAGCAUGCAUCCUUCUGAUCGACAGGGCAUUUUGCUGAAAACAAGCACCUUGGUAACUAAACCCCUUUAAAUAGCUAUAUAAAAAGGCUUUAGUUCUGUAUUAAGUUACUGUAAAAGCUUCGGUUUAUUUUUGUAGGACUUAACCGUUAAGAAUUAGAACAUAGCAGUGGGGCUGCUCUGUUGGAGUAAUGUAAAUUGUAAAAAUAAACGUGCAAACCUUUAAAACUUUU